CAAAAUUGCCGGAUUCCCGAACACACUGGGAUGCGUUGAUGGAACAUUCAUUAGAAUUAUGGCUCCAACUGAAAAUGAACCGGAUUUUGUGAAUAGAAAGGGAUUCCAUUCUUUGAAUGUACAGAUGGUUUGUGAUGCCAACUUCCAAUUCACGAGUGUGUGUGCCAGCUGGCCCGGUAGUGUCCAUGAUAGCAGGAUUUGGCGGGAAUCCUUCCUUUGUCGACAAUUCGAAAGAGGUGAACACAAUGGCAUUUUGUUGGGCGAUUCUGGAUACCCCUGUCGACGCUAUUUAAUGAUACCAUACCUCAACCCGCAGACAAACGCUCACCAACGAUUUAAUGCAUCUCUGUGUCGAACCAGAGUUCUUAUUGAGCAAAGUUUUGGUAUUCUGAAACGGAGGUUUUCCUGUCUUCAAGGAACUCUGAGAAAGGCCCCUGAACAGGCAGUAGCAUACGUUGUCGCUUGCGUCAUCCUUCAUAAUCUUUGGAUUCGAACUGGUGAUGUGAUGGAUAGAUUGGACCAGCAAGUGGAUGCAUUUGAUCCGACGGCCCACCAAGUUGUGUGCAAUUCUCCAGAGGGAAGUCACUUGCGAGACUAUAUCGCACAGACGUAUUUCGGGUAGAGCUACAUGUAGGUCAUUUUCAAGUGGUUGACGGUUUAUAGUGACAUAUGUUUCAGAAUUUCAUUUGAUAUACUGAAGUACAUGCGUUUAUUUAUUGUUUAAAAAAUAAAUAUUUCACAUUUACUGAUCCCAA